AUGGCAUACCUGCUACUCGUUCUAUGUACCCUGAUUGGCUGGUCCCAAGCAUUUCUGCCCUCCCCAUCACUGGAAGUGGAGGGCUUGACUCAUGCUGAUAUCACAGAGGAGGCGCUGCUUGCAGUAGCAAUGGAUGCUUGUAGAGAAGAAGCACAGAACGAGGGACGGACCUUCAAUCCACCAGCCCUCCUGAACCCGGAGAGCCUGCUGCGUGCAUGUUUAGGUGUGUCAGAGGAGGCAGAUCUUUCUGGGUCAAAGUUCCGGGAGCUGCUGAAUGAGAUCAUUUCUGAGAACAUUUUCAUUGACAGAGACCAGCCCUUCAGCUCCGCCCACCACUUCAAUGAUGAAGUAAUUGAAAGAGGGCGGGACAUCAUUACUCAGGGUGUUUCCAUCGUCAGAGCCAGCCUGAGGCAGGACAACUUGCAGGCAGCUAGAAGGGCACUUGGGGCGGUCACCCACACUCUCCAGGAUUUCUACAGUCACAGUAACUGGUUUGAGCUGGGAAAUCUGGACCCUUACCCAAACUUACUGCGCCCUGACCUUCCACUCCAGAAUCUUGCAGACGCAAACACCCCAACCUGUAAUGACUGUCAGGAGAAGGUGUGUCCUAAUGUUAUUCUACCCGAGAUACUCAGUACAAACACACUGACCUCAGGAUACCUGAGCUUCACACCACAAGGUAAAUGUAACCAUGGUGACAGCAUCAUGGGUGGGAUCAAUAAGGACUUUGGUGGUGGUGGUCUGACCUCGGAUGGGACUGACCCUCACCUGGCUGCUUUUGCUGUUGCAGCUGAAGCCACGAAAGACCUACUGCAGAACAUUCGUAUCGCAUUUGGAAACACGGUGUUCUUACGUAUGUUGGGUAUUACUCGUUCUACAGUGUUGUGUUUUGUCAUUGAUACCACUGCUAGUAUGACUGAUGACGUUGCAGAAGUGCGAAGACUUACCACUAAAAUCAUUGACGAGACCAGAGGAACUCCAAAUGAGCCUUCCCUGUACAUCUUGGUUGAAUUCAAUGACCCUGAAGUGGGACCAGUGACCAGUACCACAGAUCCAGAGGAAAUGAAACGGGUUGUUAAUGCCCUUACAGUUUCUGGAGGUGGGGACAUUCCGGAGUUAAGCCUAUCUGGAAUACGGCUGGCACUCACAACAGCCCCUCCCUCAUCAGACAUCUUUGUGUUCACUGAUGCCCCUCCUAAAGACACAGAACUACUAGACACUGUGAUCUCCCUGGUGGAAAGCACCAGGUCUAAGGUAACAUCCCUCUUGACUAAUGCUCUAAACAGAAGAAGGACGAGGAGGAGUGCACUGACGAACCCGACCAACUCUGUUUACCAGCAGCUGGCUCAACUCUCAGGUGGACAGGUCAUCGAGGUCACCAAAAACACACUUCCACUGGCCACUGCAGUUAUUGAAGACUCCAUUACAUCUUCAAUGGUGACUGUGCUCCAGGUCGAAUCCACACGGCCUGAUACUUUCUCCUUCUUGUUGGAUCCAAGGCUUCAGAAUGUGACCUUAUACAUCACAGGGCUGUCAAUCAACUUCACACUGCAGAACCCUGCAGGUGUGGCUCAGAAUGAUACAGCUGGAUCAGGCCCUCUGGCUUCAGUGUUUCCAGUGGGGAAUCUAUAUAGGGUGUCUCUGAAUGAAGGGAACCUAACAGGCAGAUGGCAGAUCACUAUCAGAUCUCCUCAGGCUUACUCUCUCAGAGUCACAGGACGCAGUGCUCUGAAUUUUAUGUCCCAGUUUGUUGAGGUGUUUGAUGGACCACAUCCUGGAUUUGCUCCGAUAGCAGCCAGGCCCCCUGCAGGUCAGAAUGCAACUCUCCUGAUAACAGUAACAGGUGUUGAUAUGCUGUUUGGAGUGGAAGUCGGCCUGGUCAGCGCAGACGGAGAGCUUCUGAGGAACACUAGUGUAACGAGACUGAGAGAGGGGACAUAUCUUGCCAGAGUGCUUCACCUCCCAGACGUCCCCUUCACUCUUCUGCUGAUGGGGCAGGAGGCAGACGGACGGCCCUUCCAAAGGCAGUCAAGCACUCAGAUCCAGGCAUCGCAGAUCACAGUGCAGGUCCAGAGGACGGUCGUCUUGGCACCAGGUGAGUCCAUAACUGUCCCCUUCACUGUGGAAACCCGCGGGAUCGAGGGUGCCAUCAAUAUAAGUGCCCGGGAUGAUCAAGGAUUUGUGACUGCAGUCAAUAACAGAUUAAAUGUAGGCGCAGCAGGUAACGCUACUGGCUUAGUGAGUCUGUCAGUUCCCACUGGAACCCCAUCAGGCACCACCUCAGUCGUGACCAUAGAUGCUGAGUCAUCUGCAACUCGUCAGUCAAACUUCGCCCUCCUCCGUGUGUCUGUCAUCCAAAGGGACAUUGAUGUCACUCCACCUGUGUGUCGUGUGCUGAAUGAAAGUUUGGACUGUCCUGUCCCGUGUGGGAAUGCUACGUGGGAGGUGACGUUACUCAUGUCGGAUGGUAACGGCACUGGACUCCGGGAUCCUCAUAUAUCCAUCACCAUCCCGGACACACCCAUCAAUGAGACGUCCACUGCGAUCAUCGAUCAGGUUAAGGAUGAAAAUGGCUAUAACGCAACUUUGCUGACCUACAGAGCGUCCUGCUGUGUGACCAAUGUGGAGAUUUCUGCUGUGGACAAUGAGGGCAAUGUGGGCCGGUGCGACUUCAGCAUCAGACGGCCCAGCACCACGGGGCCUCCUCAGACCACCAUCAGCUCAACCACAAGUCACCCAACCACGAGCAGACCAUCCUCCAACAUCAGCCCCACAGCUCCCUCCAACGGCCCUAGACUAACUGUAUCACUCUGGACCACUUUACUACUGCUGGCCCUCACAGCUCUAAUGCUCUAG